AUGGCUCGAGUGCCCCAAUACAGAAAAGGUUUCCCCUCCAACGCCAACACCCCCCGAGCUCCCUGGAAAGUCGAUCCAGCGUCCACUCGAAGAGCGAACUGUGUUCAGGGCCACCUCUCAUACCCCGGGGCAAACAUCAGGCAUUCUACGGGAGUUCGAUCGGGUAUAGCAACAACGCCAGGUGAUGCCAUCUUGGAAUUACAUCGGCGCAGCAAUCCGACAUUUUUACCGGGCGGCCUCCUUUUUGUGUUUUACUGUAUUGUCAACCGGACGACUGUCAAAAUACAUCAAACAUAUAACAUUUCCCUUGACAAAAAACGAGCUUUCGGUGACCGCACGCCUACCCUCGUAGAGAACGCUGUGAAGAUUAUUCUAUGA